AUGGAAAUCAAGAAGGAAGAAGAUAAUGACCCACUUAUCGCAAACGAAGUAUUCAUAGGAGCAUCAACCCCACAGCGGCCAUCUCAUCGUCCUAUUUCUCAUCCAUCUCCUUUCUCUCAAUUUUGUAUGUCUUCUCUAUCUCCUCUUCCUCCUACCAAUUUAAUAUAUUCCCCAUACCCAGCUAAUCAUCAAGAUCUAACUCCUCGUAAUCUUUGACCGUUAAACUCUCCAUUACAGACAGAAACUCAUCCUCCAAAACCCUCAACCCACCGGUACAUCCAAAAGCUUGAUUUCAAGUCAUUUCCUACAACUCUCAAAUUCCAUGCGAGUUCUCUUACAGUCCAAGUGCGAAUUUCCCAAGAAUCCCCAUCCUCUCCACAAGAUAUCCCUAAAACUCGGCCUCGUAAAAAGUCUAGACCUCGUUAUGAUGCCCCAAAACAAGUAACUUGUAAUUGCUCUAAAUCCCGAUGCCUAAAACUAUAUUGCGACUGUUUUUCUUCGAAUCAGUAUUGCAAAGAUUGUGCUUGUAAAGACUGUUUAAACAGAGUGGAAUGUGAAGCAGUAAGAAAAGAAGCUGCAAAUUUGGUUCUUGACAGAAAUCCAUCAGCAUUUAAACCAAAAAUCAAUUCAAUUGUGGUGAAUUCAGAACUUAAAGGAAAACAUAAUCGAGGGUGCAAUUGUAAGAAAAGUGCAUGUUUAAAGAAAUAUUGCGAGUGCUAUCAGAGUGGUAUAAAAUGCAGCGAUACGUGCAAAUGCGAAGGGUGUGAAAAUAAAGAAGAGGACAGACCUGUGAAGAGAAAAAAAGAGAAAAUAAAUAAAUAA